UCCCGGCGCCGCGGCGCUCGGAGCGGGCCCGCUGCCGGGCAACGGCGUGAGGCGGGCGGGCCUUCCGCUUCCGAGUCAGCGGGGCCGCGCCAUGGGGCGGAGGAGGAAGACCCUGCACGACUACGCGGCCGAGUUCUCGGAGCUGUCGGUGCGGCGGGAGCCGCCGGGGUCGGGCCCGGCGGGCGCCGUGGAGACGCUGCUGUGCACGCCGUGCCAGCUGCCGCUGAGGGUGCGCCGCGACCGCAUCCUGGAGCACCUCAGCUCGGGCCGCCACUGCCGCAACCGCCGCCUGCUCCGGCAGCUCGGGCUGCGCGCCCCGGGGCUCCGCUCUGCAGAUCCUGACUCCAGCCUGAACCUGAGCCUUCCCCUGCCACUCGACGUGCCCUCCCUGCUCUCCCAUCCCUCCUUCCUCAUCACCACUGAAUCUGGCACCGGCUACAGCAUGGUUCCCUCCCCACCCUCCUGCCACAAGCUGCUGGCUCCCCACCACCCCGUCCCUGCCACGCAUAGGGACGACCCAGCACCUUCCACCAGCCACCCCUCACCGCUGGCCACCUUCCACAGCAGGACUGCCCCUCUUGGCCACAGUGGGCCCGCACCUGAUGCCUCCAACAGCCCGACACCCCCCUCAUCUCACGGUGACAGCGGCGUUGGCCUCGCGCUCUUCGGCGCAGGGCUCAUGAGCACAGCCUUGCUGCAAAGCCUGCUGGAGGAGGCGGGCUGCUGCCUGCUGUACGUGCUGGAGGAUCAGCUGGAGGAGGUGAAACGUGCCUUUGGUGCCCAGGUCCCCGGUGGUGCCAUCGUGCUGCGGCAGCAGGAUGCCAGCGUCGCGCUCAGCGAUCCGCGAGUCUCUGGAGCUAUUAUUUGUUCCCCACCUGACAAAGCCCCUGAGAUGGUAAGAGAUGCCUUACAAGCAGGUAAAGGUGUGUUCUGCGAGGGGCUGCCCAGCUUGGACAGACAGACAGCAGAAGCCUGUUUCGAUGAGGCCGACAGGUGUGGGAGGCCACUUGUGUGUGGGUUCUACAAGCGCUUUGACCCAGCCCUGCAGUUCCUGUACAAGAAGGUGCGGGACAGCCAGGCCCUGGGCAGGAUCCAGCGGAUAUGGACCCGCAGCAGCCUCUAUCCUGCAGCCUCUCUGAGCCUGCUGAAAGCCUCAGGUGGAAUUUUUUACAAUGCUGCUGUGCAUGACAUAGAUAUUAUCAGUUGGUUGUUGGGAGAGAGUGUACCAGAUAUAGUAUUUUCCCUGGGCCAUGCCUUCUGUGCAGACAUGGGCUGCCUGAGGGACGUGGACACGGUUGCCAUCAGCAUGAAGUUCCCCAGCGGAGCCAUUGCCACUCUGGACAUCAGCCAGCACUGCACCAGGAGCUGUGACCAGCGGCUGGAGGUUCACGGGUCUCAAGGGACGUUAAGGGUGGACAACCAGAACCCCCUGGGCAUCACAGAGCAUGGGACUUCUGUGUCCAUCUGUCCCCAGACCCAAGCUGAGCGCUAUAGAGAUGCAUACAGGGAGCUCUUCCGGCACUUUCUGAGAACCCUGAAAGGCCAGGAGACCCCUGUGGUCACCAAGGAGCAGUUCCUCUGGACAAUGCAGGUCGCUGCAGCAGCUGAGCAGUCCUGGAGGGAUGGAUCUGCUGUGGACUUGCGCAGCAGUGCCACUGGAGUCAAGGCUGAGCUCGUGUGACAGCCACUCCCACCCCGUGGCCUCAGCAGGAGCCUGGAUGAUGGUUUUAGUGGUCCCACUGGGAAUGCCCAGCAGACAGAGGCACUUCUGAACCAGGAGCACUUGGUGCUGGGGCAGUGCAGGGUUCCUACCAUGUUAGCCAGAGCCUGCAAGAAAUUCCCUGUGGUUUCAUCCAGGUGGCUUUUCCUCCUGGAGAGUGCUGCUGGCCACAGAGCUCUGUUUCCCUGGGAGAAGAGCGAUGCUCCUCAGGCCAGGCAGGGUGGUUGUAGGACCACCAAUAGCUGGGAUGAAGGAGAAAUCUCCCCUUGGAGAGGGAAGAGCCACUGCCUGCCUGGAGGAGAAGUCACAAGCAGACGCCUUCCCAGCAGUGCCACAAGGGAGGAUUUAAUACUCAGGAGCAUCUGUGAGAUAUGUUUAGAUUGGAUAUAUGGAAGGAAUUCUUCCCUUUGAGGGUGGUGAGGAGCUGGAAUGAUUUCCCAGAGAAGCUGUGGCUGCCCCUGGAUCCCUGGAAGUGUCCAGGGCCAGGCUGGACAGGGCUGGGAGCAAGCUGGGAUAAUGGAAGGAAUUUUUUUUUCUUUUUUUUCUUUUCUUUUUUUUUCUUUUUUUUUAAAUUGAAUUACAACAACAUUCUUGACUUCUUCCAUUUCAAGGCAUUAGUUUAUAAACUUCUCACAAGAGCCUUUAGUUCAAUCAAUUUCCAAUUCCUACCUGUGGAAUAUAUACUCCUAAAACUAGAAAUAAUGGUGAAAUUUAUGUUCUUUUUGGGAAAUUGUUUUUAACAGUGUCAUUUUUCAAGCUCAGAAAAACUGUCUUAAUGCUUGUUGUCCAUUCCAUUCACUUUUCUUUAGUCAUUUAUGGAGAAAAAAAAUGUUUUAUGUGUUCAGAACCUGGUUUUUGCCUCUCUGUACUUGCUGCAGCAGAUUAGUACACAAUGGUGGAUUUCUUUUUUGUUUCAGUAGCUUCAGGCCCUUUGAGGUCCUACAGUUGAAGGUUUACUAUAUGGUAGGAGGGCACUUUCUGUCCAGUUUUAAUUUCCACAUUGCUUUUAUUGUGUUACAAAAGAAAAAAAAAACCAACAAAAAAAACCCCCAAAAAAACAAAACAAAACAAAAAAAACCAACCCAAAACAAAAGAGAAACCACAGCUAUAAAAAUAACACAUUUUCCAAAGAUAACAUUACAAAAAAAUACAAUUCCUAUCACAGAGUGAUCCAUUAAUACUGCUGGGAACAGUCCUGGGAAUGCUGGAAAUGUGAGUGGUUGUUGCAAAAGCUUUAAAGCAUUAAAGUGCUUUACUGAGCCAUUUCCUGGGGACACAGAGUCCCUGUCAGCCACACCAGGGGAGCUCCCAGUCCCAAAGGUUCCCAAUCCCUGUGGUGUGAGGGGUGGGGUGGUGGCUGCACCUGCAGCUCACCAGUACCCGAGGGAGAGGAGGGACAAGAGGCAGCCUCUGUGUGCUGAAGGCUCAGAGCUGUGGGACACCCAGACAGGGCUUUGGAGGAGGGCCCAGGGCUGUGGGUGCAGCACAUCCAGUGGUCACACUCCUGUCCCCACUGGAGAGGGAACAGCCACUGCCUGCCUGGAAGAGAAGUCACAUCUCAGGUUAGCCCUGGUGGGACUUGAGCUCUUCUGCUCUUGCUUAGAGGGUCCAGGGCUUUGGGAAGGGUAUCCAGCCCCUUCCCCAGCCUGGGGGUGAUGGGGAGCAGGUGCAGGGCUGCCUUUGGAGGCCUCCAGAGGGAGAGCAGCAGUGGGAAUGUGCUGGGCAGCAUCAUCUCUGCAGGUUCCCUCAGGCUGCCCAAAAUCUCGAGUGACCCAGGGCUGAGGGGGCAGGUGCAGCAGCUCCCUGCCCUCCCUCCCACAGUGACAGCUCCUGUGACUUCCAGUGCCUUUCCAAGACCUCUUGCCUUCCCAAAUGUGUAGGGUAUAGGGAACACACCUUUUUGUGUCCUUGCUUUCUGUGAAGGCUUUUUUCCCCUGUCUGAAUCAACAGAGGAAUUGCAGCUGGGGAAAAUGAUGAGGAACAGAAGAGAAUUGGGCAGCCAGUCCAUGCUGUGCUCCAAAAAGAUGGAAUUUACACCAUGACAUUCCAGCUUGUCAGGUCUGACCUGUCAACAAAACUCCCCAAGGGAGCAGGGAAGGGUUAUCCAGACCUCUGACUUCCCAGGACAAUCAGUGGCUUUCCCCCUCCUCAACUGCAUGCAAGAGAUUCAGAGGAGGGAAAAAACUGUGUUUUGAAUAGAUAAGGCUGGAGACAGGAUUCUCUGCAUGUUUACAUGCUACAACAUGGAAUUAAUUUACUUGACACUGCGGUGUCUCAGGAGUCAGUAUCAAUUUUUAUAGCUUACAUGAAAAUAAAUCUUUCUCUGUCCUUACAGCACAA